AUGUAUAUAAUCACUGCAAUCUUCGUAACAAUCAUCAGCACCAUCACAUCAUCAGGUGCCCGGGAUGUUAAUGACACCUGGUCCAUCUCCGUGGAUCGAAUGCGUAUGAUAGCUAGGAUCACCAAUGGGAUAUACCUUCAGAGAGGAUUGAUAGAUGGCACUAUUCCUGUAGAUGAGCUCAUAGCGGAGCUAUUGGGUAUUCAGUCGGUAGAUCAAAUGUUGAAAGUGGACACCAGGAAGGUUAUUAGGGUGUUUGAAAGGUUGAACAGCACCAAUGACACCUCUCUCAAAGAUCUUCAUCUCAUGAUCACCCUGCUAACCCAAACACCUACAGUACCCCUUGCCAUCAAACACUCCUUAGGGUUCCCCAAUGGCUACCGAGACCUGUUGACUCUCCAGGAGGAUUUCAAGGAUCCAUGGAUUCUGGAGGUCGUGCGCACCAGAUCCCUAUCGUAUUCCAUGGCAAAGCUAGAGAAAUUGGGGAUUGCGUUGAAGAAUAUUAGUUGGAUGUUGGAAGUGACAAAGGAGGAGAGGGAGAUGUUGAGUGCGCUGGUGAAGAACCCUCCGGAAUUCAAAGCGCCGCUUAGUAAACUGGUCGUUACUGGUCUCCAGAUCACCUCGAACUUCCAAGAGGCUCAAAAUGCUCUUAGAGCUCUCCGCAACAUUUUAUUCUCUAUGAAACACUCGAGAAGUCUAGAAUCAGAUGCUUUAACUCACUUACUGGACCCAUUCCGUCAUUCAGAGGUACUAGGUCUAGCUACUCAAGGUGUUGUGUCAAUGAAGCAAGUACUCGAUAAAAAAUCCAGAUUUCAAGAGGUCAUCCCUUAUUUGGAAGUCGUCAAAGAGAAAAUUCGGAAUAGCUCUUUGUCCCAGAAGGAUCUUAGCAACCUGAAGGCUCUGGCAGCGCUUCAGACCUCUCUGGAAGCUAUGUAUCAGUCACUGGAGACUUGGAGGGAUAGCUUAACUGAUUCCAACUCAUCUACCCUCAACAACUACACCACACUAUUCGAAAAUGCCAAAAAUGUCACUGGGAUCCCGCUGAACUUCACUGAAAUCUCCGAUUCCCUUGAUCAGCUUAUCCAGGAGACUUCAAAUGAGACUACUAGAGAACAGCUGGAAGAUCUGGAAGCAGUUGUCAAUGAAAUGAACACAAUUGGAUUGAACUUUUCGAAAUACUCGAAAAAUUUCGAGGAGACAAAUGAAACGAUGCAAGCACUGAAUCUGUUCUUUGAGAGUUAUGAGAGCAAAGUGUACGAACCGAUUUUGGCAAGCAGGAAUAGUGAUUACACUGUCAUGUUCAGCCUUAUUGGAGUAGGUGUGGCGAUGUUCAUUAUCGUCUUCAUACUGGGAUUGUGCUAUUUGUGGAGAGCGGAUAAGGAGAUUAAGAUGGAUGAGGAGAAACAGAAAAAGAAGAAUAAGAAAUCGAUAAACGGAGCGAGUAGAUCAAAUUCAGAAGUGUCACCGUUGACGGCAGGGGUCUCCAGUGGAAGUAAGACAACGACGUCGAGUUCGACAACGGGAUAA